AGACAACAAUGCCUUACUCAGCACGGAGGAUUGCGGUCUCACUUGCUCUCACUCUUCUUAAACUCGGGUGACCUCUCGAGUGCUACGCGCUCCAUAGCUUCCAUUCUCGUAACGACCUCCGGACACUUCACCUUCUCAAUGGAACCCACUAUGUUGGCGCCGCUCCCGUCCGGGCACACUAAGCAGUAUGUGUUUGUCGAUGAAUACAAUCGACACAAGCGAUUAAAGGUAAUGCGCGCUUGCGAUGGCUGCCGAAAGCGCAAGAUCCGCUGCGAUGGCGCGCUCCAAAAUGGCCCAUGGCCUUGCGGAGCAUGCGUCCGGUUGAAGUUGAAAUGCGUGCCGCCAACACAGGACUCCGACGACGAACAGCAGCCCGUCACAACGCCAUCGGGCCCGGGAAACUUUACCUUCCAAACGACAACUCUCGGCAGCAACAACUCUCCUACAUCGAUAGAUGGAUAUCCUACGCCGUCGUCGCAAUCGCAAGAUUGGGUUACCAGCGCGGCUGCGCUGCAACCCACGCUUGCUACGACAGCGCCACCCUAUAGCAUCGACAGUGGCAGUUACUCAUCGUACCCUUUCGACCAGCCCCUUGGCCUCCGAGUGGAUCCCGCAUAUGGUCUCGCUGACAGCGAUUGCUACACCUCGGUACCGGAUUUGUCACAAUUUCGGCCAACGCCAAGCUUGCUCCGUUCCCACACGGACGCCUCUUCCGUCUCCAGUGGCGACCCACACGAGGUUGACGCCACUGUCAAGGAGCUGUCGGGGCAGAUGGGUGACCUGACCAUCGAGACGACCAGUGUCGCACCGUGGGUAGCCAAUGAGCGGCGCAUCCUCGCCGAGACUCCCGCUGUGGAGGAGGCAGAGGUCGCGCUACCGCCAUCGGUGGGCACUGAUUCGACAGUGCGCAUACCGCCGGAGAUGAUGCCUACUGAUGAGCGUGCGAUGGAGUACUUUGGCUAUUUCUUCACCUUCAUCCACCCGUAUAUCCCUGUGUUGAACAAGCGGGCGUUCUACGAGCAAUGGCAGACCGCACGGCAUUCUAUCUCGCCGCUACUGCUGGAAGGCAUCUUUGCGUGUGUGGCUCGCUAUCUCGAAGAACCCUACGACGUGCGAAGAUGGCUGGCUCUGGCAGCCAGGCACGAAGAGAGCUUCAAAGAUGUGCCUCGCCUAAGCACCAUUCAAGCCUUGCUAAUGCUGAUGAAAGCUCGAGAGUUCGUGCCACGGCGCGGAUACUACUACCGCUCGUGGAUGGCCGUCAAGUACAUGACCACUAUGGCCUUCGACCUGGGCUUGCAUGAGCACCGUGAUCAGCAUCGCUUUGGCAGUGCUUGUUCGCUCAAGAAGGCUGACUGCAUGGUUCGUACGCGUAUAUGGCAAACACUGUUCUCGUUGGAGAACCUUGUUGGUGCGCCGCAGGGUCGAACGGACUUCUCCAUUGAAGUUGACACGGUUGAGAGCGAGGUCCUUCCACCUGAUGCAAACAUUGACCCUUUCGAAUAUCAGGCAUCCAGACGAUGCAAUAUCCUGGUACAGAACGUACGCAACAUCAAGUACUCGAACAACUUGUACCACAACAUGCGCCGGUAUAAGAAGGAUUGGGCUCUUGAUCCGGCUUUCAUCCGUCACAACGACGAACUCUUCGUUUGGCUGAAGCAGCUGCCAGCUGACUUGCAGAUGCAAUACCCGGACGAUGAGAGCCCACCGUGGCUGCACGGCGACCACUUCGUGGCAUAUCUACACAUCUACCACAACCUAGUGGUCAUAAUGCAGCACCGUCCCCAAGUCCAAGCGCUGUUGGAGAAGCGCGAUCCUGCAUUCAAGACGGAGCUUGAGAUCUGUCUCCAGUCAGCGGUGCUGCUCUGCAGACUGCAAGAGGCUCUCAUCCGCGAAUUUGGCCUACAUGGGCUACAACUCAUGCAGCGCGGGACCAACUUUACGAUAUACUGCGUGCUGACAUGUGCAAUGUUGCAUUUGGCUGCUAUCACCUCACCAGAUCCUGCGCUCUAUGAACAAGCGCGCAUGUACUUCCCACGUCACAUGCGGAUCCUCGAGCAGUGCAUACCUUCUGCGAGCUCUGAUAUGCAGGCUCAGAUCAACGCACUUCGAGAGGCAUUCAGCCAGGAUACAAGCAAGCCGUUUGAGCUCAAGCCAAGUCUAGCGUUGCGAAGCCCUGGAGCGGAAGAGCGACGGACUUCCCCAGAGCUUCGACAGGCUCAAGCUGUCCAUCAUUCGGCCAGCUGGCCCCAGCUGCAAGACUCUGCUCACUCGAAUACCGCGAGCCCCACUAGCGACUAUAUGCGACCAUUCGAGCAUAUCCCGGGCCGAGGCGUAACGAGUCAACCUGCGAAUCCUGCAAUGAACUUCAUGACCGGAGGGUACCAAGUGCCCACCGACGCAGCAUUUACCGCACCUCAACAGCAAGUGACGUCUGCACCUCAAACCGGCUAUGCGCUAGAGCCAGUCGUUAGCAACGAGCAGCCGGCUAGCGCGGUGUGGGACCCAUCGGGCAUCUUCCAGCAGUGGAACACCGCCUUCGGCGCGCCGGCUCAGACCUCGCCCCAAGCGGCACAUCUCAUCAACCCUCGAAUGUCACCGACAUCGAAUGGACCUACCCACUACCCUGCUCCCACCAGUCAUCCGGCAGCGAUGUAUCCUGCCAACCCGCUGUCAUCGAGUAUGGCCGGUGCUCUGCCGGAUUCACCCACGAUCUCAAGCGUGCCCACUGUCACGCCUGUGAUGUGGCAAGAUGCUUUCACGACGGCGUAUGUAUCUGGCCAAGGCAACAAGAGAUACCGUCAGGAAGACCGCAUGCUGUACGAUCAAUAUGCGAAGCGCAGAAGCUGAGAUAAGAAGGCUUGGCGGCGUAGCGGGAGCCUCGCACACGCGAGCUGUGCCCUCUUGACACGGCAUGUACCAGGCCUCAACGCCUAUGAACUUGUGCAAGGUGUGAGCGGCUUUUGAUCCACCGAGGUUGCCGAACGCGCCUUGGCGGCAAUACAUAAAGUCGCCGCCGAUGAUCAUUUCCCCGUGCGGGGAAGUUUUUGCGGAGUGUGGUUGCAUUUGCAUCUGCGAGAACGGAGGGCUGCUGGACAGUCUCCGCUGAAA